AGGAAGGAGGAUCCAUUUCUGAGGUUUCAUUUUUUAUUUCAUCCAGAAACUUGAACAGGUUCUAUUGUCGAAGUGUGUAAGGUUUUAGUGUGACAUCUUCACUUAAAGUUUCAUGGGACAGUUCAUGCAAAUAUUCUAAGAUGUGGUUGUGGAUUUUGAUUGGACUUAACAUUAUCGCAAAGGUGCAUGGGCAUUCAAGUGGUAACUUCCCGGAGUCGUGUGAAUCAAUGUCACCUUUGCAUAAAGGAGAAGGUGGUAUACCUUUUCCUCCUCAGAACACUGAACCCCCCUUUAAGAUUACUUACAACUUACCCAAAAAGAAAGGAGAACCUAUCACAGUUUCUCUCCAGGGCAAUAAUAACAAAGAGUUCCUGGGUUUUAUGUUGGAGGCUCGACAGACAGACAUAAACGGAGGCCCUCCUGUUGGAAAAUUCAUCGUGCUUGAGGAUGGUACAACUCGACUCUUGUCUUGCGGUGGUUCAGCAGACACAGCUGUUAGUCAACGUAAUAAUCAAAGAAAGAGUUUGUUUCAAGUUAACUGGACGGCACAGGGUGCAGAAGUAGACGUAACUUUCAGAGCCACAAUUGUUGAGAAAUAUGAUAUAUUCUGGGAAUCAGUGGAUGUGGAUCUCAUUUUCCCUCCAAGCACCACACCAACACCCAGUACUCAACCAAGUACUACUUCAAGUACUGAGCCAAGUACUACUUCAAGUACUGAGCCAAGUACUACAAUAAGUACUACAAAGUCAAAUACUUCAGAGGCAAGCAUGACCACUCAGCAAGAGCCCGUUCAUUUAAUCCCAUUGGAGAGAGCAGGUAUUGUGGUGAUGAAUGUCGUCAGUUUCUUCGUGGUACUCAAAAUGGAACUGUCUAAUAUAGUCAUUACCACCCUCCCCAACAGCUUCUUUUCUCGUCGUCUAGAUAAGGUGUUGAACAUAUCUUGCGGUGUGCUGUGUGCGGCAGUUGAGAUAUCGGCUGUUGUCUUGUUUUGUAUGGGUGAUGCUAUUAAAGUCGCUCUCGUUGCUCUUGUGUGUGUGGCGUUGGUGAUUAAUUUCAUAGAGCUGGUAAUCGUCUGUCUGCCAAUCGGCCAAAGUCAUGAACUAAAGGAGAUCUGUGACUAUGCUGUCAAAGUGUGUUCUGUCAUCCAUCUGAUUUUUACAAUGGCUGUCAUCUUUGUCGGUGUUUUGGAGAUUCACAACUGCAGAAAGAACAGGACAGACUUUUGGCUCCUGAAAGUGAUGGUGGCCUACACAGUGUGGAUUCUCCUGUUUGUAAUUUGGGUUUUCGUAAGCAGUACUCAGAGAAAAGCAAUACUGGGGAGAAGCAAAAUAGGGAAUCAACAAAACAGUGAGGACAAAAAAGAGAUGAAGCUAAGUGGAGCCCAAGUGAUUGUGACUGUUGUCUCAGUCAUCUUCAUCAUUGGGAGCUUGUGUUUCGCUGUAGCUGUCGUUGUCGCUGUUGGGAUGUCUGGAUGUCAGGAAGCGUAAGCCUGUGCAUGACGGUGUGCUGCUACUUUGUUUGAAUGUAAUUCCCACUUGUUUUCUGGUUGUAUGUAUUUUGUUGCAGUUAUUCAUGCAUACAAAUUUAUUUAAAAUCCCAUAUUCCUUACUGCCAUUUGCACACUUUGUAUGCAUGCUAAUGUUUAAAAUGGCAUUCCUUUUUUAUUGUACGUUAGUACUUGUGUAUGAUAUUUAUUUUCCACUAUUCUCUGUACCUUGUUUGUAUACUGCUGCUGUGACCUGCACAUAAAAAAAACAUCUUUCUAUCUAAA